GUGGGACACAUGUAGAGCAAAUUCUGGUCUCCCUGGCCUCACCCCUGACCCUAGUACAGACGCAUAUCACAGCGCAUACCUCCGCCAUUGCUUUCUUACUUGACCCCUGGCCCUAGCUUUCACAGCAAUGCCUCUCAUGGCCCCAUCCCAAGUUCCCAUUUUUCUUCCCCUCAGAUCCAUUUGCACCCUUCUGAGGUUUGCUUAUCCCAACAUCUGCACACUUCAUUAACUUAUUGGAGAUUGUGAUUGUGGAGGAUUGAUUUUAUUUCAAUGUGCUGAUUCUUCGAUUAUGGAACUGUAGAUCUGAAUCUGUGUAUUAGGGCUGUGUUAACUCCCCUACCCCCUUUUGAAUAUGAUUUAUAAUUGAUCUUCACAUUUUUGGAGAUGAAUUAGUGGAUAUGGUACUCGCUUCCGUCGAAAGUGUAUACUUUUAGCUUCUGAGGUUUCUGGGUAUUGUUGAUCAGUGAACAUCAGCUUCUGUAUUACAGUUAAGAACAGGUCUUUUUGGAUGUAAAUGUGAGGGCAAUAAGUAUUUUCAGAGGAUCGGCUAUUUCCAGAUGUUUUAAAAAAUUAUUAUUAUUAUUGUUUUUCUUGUGAGUGUGUGUGUUUUCUAGGUCCUCCAGAGUUGAAAAUUUAAGGGGGCGAAGAUGUCUUUCAAGAGCAUCCUUCAGGACAUGAGGGGUGACUUUGGGAGCAUGUCUAGAAAAGGGUUCGAUGUGAAAUUUGGUUCUGGGAUGCGAUCGAGGUCGCACAGAGUGGUCCAGGACACCUCUUUCGUGCCCGUUGAUGCAUUUGAGCAGAGCUGCUGGGCUAACAUGCCGCCUGAGCUUUUGAGGGAUGUGCUAACGAGAAUCGAGGCAUCUGAAACUACUUGGCCAUCCCGGAAAAAUGUGGUUGCUUGUGCCGGUGUGUGCAGAAAUUGGAGAGAAAUUAUGAAAGAAAUUGUGAAAACCCUGGAAGAUUCGGGCAAGUUGACAUUCCCAAUCUCCUUGAAACAGCCUGGUCCAAGGGACUCCCUCCUCCAGUGCUACAUCAAACGGAAUCGUAACCACCAAACAUAUUAUCUUUACCUCAGCUUAAAUCAAGCAUCAAACGAUGAUGGUAAGUUUCUUCUUGCUGCACGGAGGUGCCGACGGCCUACUUGCACAGAUUACAUCAUCUCUUUAAAUUGUGAUGACGUGUCCAGGGGGAGUAGCACAUACAUUGGAAAGUUGAGAUCCAAUUUUCUGGGAACCAAGUUCACCAUCUAUGAUGCACAGCCUCCAAAUUCUGGAGCCAAAGUUGUUAAAUGUCGCUCCACCAGGAUAGUUAACAUGAAACAGGUCUCCCCCAGGGUCCCUGCAGGGAACUAUCCUGUGGCCCACGUCUCAUAUGAGCUGAAUGUCUUAGGUUCAAGAGGUCCAAGGAGAAUGCAAUGCGUUAUGGAUGCAAUCCCUGCCUCUUCUGUUGAACCUGGUGGAGUGGCCCCUACACAGACUGAAUUUUUGCAUAGCAAUUUGGAUUCCUUUCCCUCACUUCCAUUUUUCAGAUCAAAAUCUACCCGCACAGAGAAUUUCCAAUCUGGUCCUUUGGCAGGCUGUGACGAUGGAAUGCUAGUCUUAAGGAACAAGGCACCUAGGUGGCAUGAACAACUCCAGUGUUGGUGUCUGAACUUCAAUGGACGGGUGACAGUUGCUUCAGUUAAGAAUUUCCAGCUGGUUGCUUCUCCAGAGAAUGGAGUUGGCAGGCAGGACCAUGAGAAUGUAAUUCUUCAGUUUGGGAAAGUGGGAAAAGACGUGUUCACCAUGGAUUAUCAAUAUCCAAUCUCUGCUUUCCAGGCAUUCGCUAUAUGCCUUAGUAGCUUUGACACUAAGAUCGCCUGUGAAUGACAGACAAGCAGGUAUUCAGAAUGUUCCAGAAAAGUUGGUUGCGCAUGUAUUUGUUGUCUUGUGCUGUAUGGCAUGGGAGCCUUGCAACAAAGUUUCUGGGUAGUUCAAUCUGUUUCCUUCUAAUUGGCACAUGAAGAAUUAGGAUUUUAUUUUGUUUUUUUAAAUUUUCUAUGUAUAUAUUAACUUGUUGGUAUCAUGAGGCAAACUGUGCUCCAAUCUGUAGGUUGUGCUGUGGCUGACAAACAUCAUCACUUGGUUCGUUGAGUGUUAGAUGCUUGACACGUUAACAGGGAGUUGUUUCAUGAGUUUGCUUGUAGUUUUCCUAGUGGAAGGUUACUGUUGCUACUUGCUUUUGAUGUUGUAUUCCUACUUAUUCUGUAGUUUCGAAAAUUCUUCCCAAGUUGAACAGUUGAAAUUUUAGAAUUUGUUAAUUA